AUGAAACCAUCUAAACUGCAAGAUCAUCUGAGAAGAUGCCACUCUGAUAAAACAGAGAAAGAUUUGAAAUACUUUCAAACACUCAAAGAUAAAUUUCAGAAGAGACCUACACUGGACAGAAUGUUCGCUUCGACGUCACAAAGAAAUUAUGAUGGUUUGCGGGCGUCUUACAAGAUCUCGUUACUUAUAGCAAAAUCCGGAAAACCGCAUACUAUCGGAGAGAAGUUAAUUUUGCCAGCCGUUGAAGAGGUUUUGAAAACUGUUUUACACAAACCUGCAUCUGAUAUCAUUAAAAGAAUUCCCUUAAGCAACAACUCUGUUCAAAGGCCUAUUGGAUGA